AUGGCCUCUACUGCUAUUAUAAAUCAACAUAAUCUGGAAAACACUGGUCUGUUCCAGAGAUGGUCAUGUGCUGCUUUCAACCAUCUGAAAAAUAUUCACGACAGCCAUAAGGUUCAUCUCGAUGAUGUCGUAAACGACAUUGCCAUAUAUCUGAAUCAAUCUGAUCUAUAUGAAUUUAUUGGUAUCAGCCGAAGUCACAAUCAUUUUAUCUUGAAACCGGACGAGUUAGUCCUGAUGUCCUUAAGUUCUUCAGUCGAGGAUUGCCUGGCAAAAGUCGAUAGUGACGCGUCAAUAGCCUAUCUGACGCCAACUUCAAUCAAAAGUAUGGCUACUCCAUCCAUACCAUACAUGUGGGCUUACAGCAGAGAUAAUCACCAAUUCUUUCCCGUUCAAUUUUUCGAUGGCACAAAUAGCACAAUGCAACGACGAUUUUUCAAACUUUGUAACGAGAAACGUGAGGUAUUCUUACAGUUCCUCGACAAAUUUAUUGAACUCACAGAAAAGGCACGAUGUGAAGAAUAUCUCGGUUUCUACAUUCGCUACGAGGAUCUGAUUAAGCACAAUAAAGAUAAAGGAGAUGGAAUGAUGGAAGAGACAAACAUGCGUGAGCGUCGUCAGUGGAUGUUGCCAUAUGCUAAAGAAAAUUUGCAGGCCAUAAUUGAUGAAAAUCGAAAGAUGGAUCCUAAUUUCGACUUAACAGCUACUCAUUGGUUCUUCAACGACAAAUUUACGAGUAACGAAAACGUUUGCAAACAUAUUUGCACUCAUAUCUGCAAAUGGCACUAA